AUGAGUUGGAAUAAUGCUGAUGCCCAAGGCACUUCACUCGAACCAGUGUGGAACGAUGACAGCGGUGCUGUCGCCAUGCCUCUUGCCUUUGAUGAUGCCUUUGGAGUUCUUACCAAUGGCGAUGGAAUGAACGGUGAUGGCGAGCGGAAGAUGGGGGCUUGCUUCAACUGUGGAGAAGAAGGUCAUACCAAGGCUGCCUGCCCAAAUCCUCGCAAGUUCAAGGGGGAAUGUCGCAGCUGCGGUCAAGAGGGCCACAUGAGUGCCGACUGCCCUUCUCGUGUCGGCAAGUGCAAGAACUGCCAACAGGAGGGCCACCAAGCUUUGGACUGUACCAACGCCAAAUUCGUCGACAACGCCCGUGUUGCUGAAAAGUCCGAGGACGAAGCAUGGGACCUGCUCAAACAAGCCAGUCUCGACCGUGACAUCGGCGACUUUAAGGAGGCUCUUCAAAUACUCUCCAAGGCCGCCCCGGAGUACACCUACCCCAUGCUCGAGAACGAGUUCCGCAAGCGCGGUUUCAACAUCUACCUGAUUGCCAUGGAAAAGGAUCAUGGUGACACUUGGACGAACGUCAACUUGCAAGGACACAUCGGCAAGAAAUACGCGGUCAGUUAUUUCACUUCGGACAAGCCGCAACGCCCUACCCUCGUCGACAAAUGGCCUGCUUCUCCCGAGGACAAUCUGACUCGUCUUGCUGAUGCCGGUAUUCCUCUCGACCGUGGUGUGGACAAGUGCAGCAACUGUGGGAAGAUUGGCCAUAUCGCCAAGCGUUGCCCCGAAGAACGAAUUGCGAGCGUUCAGCCCACUGUGACUUGCUACUUGUGUGGGGAGGAGGGUCACCGUGUUCGUGACUGUGGCCAAGAACGUCAGCAGGGCGGUAGUCGUACCUGCAAGAUUUGCGAGUCCGAGGAGCAUCUAGCCAAGGACUGCCCCAACAAAGAAAAGCGAGCUUGCCGUAAUUGCGGCGAUGAAGACCACAUAGCGAAGGACUGCCCGACUCGGGCAAAGAGAACAUGUCGCAACUGUGAUUCUGAGGACCACAUUGCUCGAGAUUGCGACCAGCCUCGUAAGAUAACUUGCAAUAUUUGCAAUGAAGAAGGUCAUAUGGCGCGCGAAUGUCCCAAGCAAGGCGAAGCUGGACCACGUCCUCCGCGCGACUGGUCCCAGGUCACAUGCAGCACUUGCAACGAGAAGGGUCAUGGCCGUGCACGAUGCCCCCAAGGUCAAUCGCAAUCUGGAGGGAAUGCUGGCCAGUUUGACACUGGAAAGGAGAACAAUGCUCAUGACUUCGGUGAUGGAUGGGACAAUACGCCGAAUCCUGGCUCUGCACCCGCUGCCUGGGAAGCCACUGAAACUGGAGAGUCUGCUUGGGGCGGUGCUGCUGGUGGAUCUGGCUGGUAG